AUGCCUACUCACGAGAUACCAUGGCCGCAGUGGACGCGAGAAGAGAACAUAAUUUGCGUCUGGUUCUCCGCCCUAGGCCUCGCGAUCCCCGACAUUGCACGCAUCAUCGAAUACAAGCUCGGCAGACCAACUCGCCACCCGCGAGGAUAUUUUCGCCAAAUGGACAGGAUCAACCAAGAAGAAGCAGAGAGAGGCCGCCCACGGUUGUGCGGUCGUGACAUGCUCGACUGGGACAGGGCUGCUGUUGAUAACUUCCUCAUCCUUCGGACCGAUGACACGGACCUGCUCGACCACCUCCUCUGGUUCGGUGAGGAACACCUAGGGCUGCUUCGAACGUACUUGGGCCGAGGCAUACCCUUGAACGAAGCCGUGGACGUGGAAGAUAUGCAAUACCAGUGGGCAAGGCUCCUCAGCAGACAUCAAAGGUUCUACGGUAAUCCAGCUCGUUAUGGAGGGGGUGACUUCUUUUGA